GAAAUCAACUGUGGUAAUCAGUUUUAUUUUCAGCCAGCUUCAUGUCUACAGCGGACAUUUUCCGCCGUACCUCUACAUCCUUUCAUCACAUCCUGGGUUUGCCUUUCGACAGAUCAAUGUCCGUGCGUGGUGAGAUGGGAGGGGUUUUGGAAAUGACAGAAAUGUUCUCUCUCCGCUUUGCUGCUGAAGCAUCCCAUUAAUACUGCGCGCAGCGCCGGCUUAUCGCGAUGUCUCACUGGCGACGCUCUCUCCAUCGGAUGUGAAACACCAGGCUGCUCUCUGGUCGGUUCUGUAUCGGUGGGCUCGGUUGUUUUAUCAGUAGAAUGCGUCCCCCUCCUGUCGGUUCCGUGCGGGUCUCUCUGUGUCUCUGCCUUACGGUUUUUCUGCACCGAGUCUCUGCUGCUGGCUCUGAAGAAGCUGCUUAUAAGGGAGAAAACAAUCAGAACAGAUUGAAAGGCGUCCUCGAACAUAUCCAGAGUUAUGAGGUUACCUCUCCCGUGUGGCUGCAUCCUCGUAGACACAUCAGAUCUGCCAACAAAGAGCAUCCGGCAGAGGUCCAGGUUCUGAUCUCAGCCGAGGGCCAGCAGCUCAGAAUACACCUGGAAAAAAACGAACAGCUGCUGGCCCCUGGGUAUCAGGAAAUCUGGUACAGCCCUGAUGGAGCUCGCUGGUCCGCUUCUCCUGCCAGCACCGAAAAUUGUUUCUAUCAUGGCGAAGUUCUGGGCAUUGAAGGCUCCAGUGUUGCUGUCAGCACUUGUUCAGGGAUCAGGGGACUGAUCUCUCUGAACGAAAGCGUGAGCUACCUAGUAGAGCCUCUUCCCGAUUCCACCGGUGCCCGGCAGCAUGCUGUCUUCAGAGCGGAGAGUCUCCGUCUGCCCGAGGGGAGCUGCACACAUCACUAUGGCGAUGAGGAGCAUCGGGGCAGGCUUAAUGACUUCAUCCGAGGAACGGCGUCUCCACGGAUUGGGAGGGAGAAAAGGGAGGUGAUGCAGAACAUGAAAUAUGUGGAGCUUCUGUUGGUUGCAGACAGAGCUGAGUUCGAGAGCCACGAUAGGAGUUUAGACAAGACAAGACAGAAGCUACUGGGAGCAGCCAACUUGGUUGACAAGGUAGCGUCUCGUUUGAAACGUCAUUAAACACACA